AUGAGUAGCAUAGCUGAAAAAUGGGAGCAGCUUAGUGGCAAAGAAAAUUGGAAAGGGUUAUUAAACCCUCUGGAUCUUGAUCUUCGAAAAUACAUCAUUCAAUAUGGAGAAUUAGCUGAAUCUACUUAUGACACUUUCAUUUCAGAACAAGUGUCAAAAUAUGCUGGAAGUAGCAGGUACUCGAAAGAACACCUCUUAGCUAAAGUUGGACUAGAUCCAGAAAUGUAUCACGUAACUAAAUUUUUUUACGCGACAUCAUCCUUUCCACUUCCCGAGGCCUUUAUGAUAAAAUCAUGGUCAAGGGAAGCAUGGAGUAAGGAAUCAAAUUUCAUGGGGUAUGUUGCUGUGGCAACAGAUAAAGGGAAGGCAGUGUUAGGAAGAAGGGACAUUGUUAUUGCAUGGAGAGGAACAAUUAGAACAUUGGAAUGGGUUAAUGAUCUUCAAUUUUUACUAGUCCCUGCACCUAAAGUUUUUGGUGGUGGGAGUUCUAUAUUACCUUUGUUAAAACCAUUGGUGCAUCAAGGAUGGAACAGCAUAUAUACAUCUGAUGAUCCAAAAUCACCAUUUAAUAAGACCAGUGCUCGAGACCAGGUCCUAGAAGAAGUGAAAAGAUUAGUCGAGAAGUACAUGAAUGAACAAGUUAGCAUCACAGUGACAGGUCACAGCCUAGGUGCAGCACUUGCAACCUUAAAUGCAGUUGAUAUAGUUUACAAUGGAUUCAACAAAACAAGCAAAGGCAAGGAGUUCCCAGUGACAGCUUUUGCAUUCGCAAGCCCAAAUGUUGGAGAUCUCAAUUUCAGGGCAGCAUUUUCCAAACUGAAAAAUCUCCAUAUUUUAAGAGUUGAAAACGUGUUAGAUAUUGUUCCAAAAUAUCCACCCAUUGGCUAUAUAGAUGUUGGCGAGGUACUAAUAAUUGACACUGCCAAAUCCGAUUAUUUGAAAUCUCCAGGAAAUGUCUUCUAUCGGCAUAAUUUGGAGGCUUAUUUGCAUGGAGUAGCAGGCACUCAAGGUGUAGGAAUAAUGGUAGGAGAAAUUUUGGGUGAUUUUAAAUUAGAGGUGAAUCGUGAUGUCGCUCUUGUUAAUAAAUCUACAGAUGCGUUGAAGGGAGAAUAUGGUGUGCCUGCUAAUUGGUGGGUUGAAAAGAACAAAGGGAUGGUUCAGAAGGAAGAUAAAUCUUGGGUUCUCUUGGAUCGAGAGGAGUAUGAAAUUUGAGAGCAUUCAAAUGUUAUGUUUAUUUUCAAUUUGGUUUAAUUUAUUUUCAUAUAU